CCAAGGCGCGCUUGCUAACUCGACUCCGGUGCUUCCCGGCGGCGGAAGACCCGCGAAGCACAGGAAGCUCUGAAACCUGACGUUUGGAGGGAAGCCAGCUGCCACUGUCUGUUCAUCCGGUGUGAAUAUCCACACCUCUUGCUGCAGGAGCCCCUGGGGGUGCAGAUAACUCAUGAUUCUGAACUCCGGAAGACAUCAGACCCCAAGAACUCCAGAAGAGAUCAGAACCUAUGUCUUGAUCCAUUAAAAACCACUCAUGGGAAGACUUCAUAAGCUAAGACACAUCAACUUCCCACGAGGUGAUCUGAAAUGGCAUGAUCACCUCUGCUGUGGAACAGAGAACUAAGAAAGUGCCCACUGCCAGUUCCAGGAGGAGGGUCAGCCCACUGCCAGUUCCAGGAGGAGGGUCAGCGGACAUUUUAGGGGAGACUGAAGAACCUGGAGCUCACUGCCGUGGAAGGAUCUGACGUCCAUGUGAGGAUGCUGGCAGCCCCUAUCAAUCCAGCUGACAUAAAUAUGAUCCAAGGGAACUAUGGCCUCCUUCCCAAGCUGCCUGCUGUUGGAGGGAAUGAAGGUGUUGGACAAGUGGUGGCUGUGGGCAGCAGUGUAUCUGGACUGAAGCCAGGAGAUUGGGUGAUCCCAGCAAAUCCCGGUUUAGGAACCUGGCGGACUGAGGCCCUGUUCAGUGAGGAAGAACUGAUCGGCAUCCCUAAGGACAUCCCACUCCAGAGUGCCGCCACCCUCAGUGUCAACCCCUGCACAGCCUACAGGAUGCUGCUGGACUUCGAACAGCUGCAGCCAGGAGACUCUGUCAUCCAGAAUGCGUCCAACAGUGGAGUUGGGCAAGCAGUCAUCCAGAUCGCCUCAGCCCUUCGCCUAAAGACCAUCAAUGUGGUCCGAGACAGACCUGAUAUCCAGAUGCUAACUGACAGACUGAAGAGUCUGGGAGCUGACUAUGUCCUCACAGAAGAGGAACUAAGGAUGCCCGAGACAAAAACCAUCUUCAAGGAGCUGCCCCUGCCCCGACUGGCUCUCAACUGUGUUGGUGGGAAGAGUUCCACAGAGCUGCUCCGGCACCUAGCGCCUGGAGGAACCAUGGUGACCUAUGGGGGAAUGGCCAAGCAGCCCGUAACAGCCUCUGUGAGCCUGCUCAUUUUUAAGGACCUCAAACUUCGGGGCUUCUGGUUGUCCCAAUGGAAGAAGAACCACGGUCCAGAUGCGUUCAAGGAGCUGAUUCUCACUCUGUGUAACCUCAUCCACCAAGGCCAGCUCACGGCCCCGACCUGUUCUGAGAUUCCACUGCAGGACUACCAGAAGGCCUUGGAAGCCUCCAUGAAGCCCUUUGUGUCUUCCAAGCAGAUUCUCACCAUGUGAUCCUCAUCCCAGAGGACCAGGGGGAAGCAGGAGAGCAGACCAGUAAGACUGGCUGGCUGCCGGCCCUCCAUGAGGAUCCAGUCUUUCCCAGACUGCCUUCUGCUCACUGCCUCUUCCCACGAGGAGGGUGAGGAGCCAGCCCUGGUGCCCUAAUAAAGCCCGAACUUUCUGAGGAAAGGUUAUCCCUGUGGAGGAAUGCUGUGCACCUGCUGCCUCCCAGCACUGAGAAGCUCCUGCCCUGCCUCAUCCCCAGUUCUCAUAGUCACUGCCUGCCUGAGUACCCUGAGAGCAGAAGCUGAUCGACUGCUGCCCCAUGCAGAGGUCACUAUCUGCCCUCAACAGUGUGAGUCCUAGAGUCUGGCAGAAGGGGAAAGGUGGUUAACUUCUCCCAGUGUGUGUGACUCUGGCCAGGACAAGGGGAUCUGCUGCCAAGGUGAGUGCCAGGCUGAGAUCAUUAAAGCUUAAGAGACAGGGGACACAGGAUCUCAGGUGUCCAGGCCACCUUCAAGAAACCUCCCUUGUAACCAAGGGAAUAAACACCACACCUGUGGUUCUCGGCCAGGGCCAUUUUUAACCCCAGAGGGACCACCGCUUGGGGAGGGAGUUGUUAUUUGCCUCAACUGUGUAGAGAUCAGUACUGUUAACUAUUUUACAGCCAGGUAAGGUAAUACACACCUGUAAUCCCAGCAACCAGCAGGCUUAAGUCAGAUGGAUUGCCACGAUUUGGAAGUUAGCUUGGGCUAUAUAACAAGACUGUGUCUCAACCUUUUUUUCUUACCAAGAGGGCUGAGAGUAUAGUUUAGUGACAGAGUGCUUAUCUAGCAGGCAGCAGGCCUUGGGUUCCAUCCCAGUAACUAUCAAAAGAACAGCUACAUCACACAGGACCCCCUCCCAAAGAAUCCUCCUGCCCAAAAGGUUCCCGGUGCUGCUAUUGAGAACCCCUGCAUUCAGCCCCCAAGCAGACCACUGUGCCUGGUGCUCUGCAGAAGGCAUGUGGGCUGUAGACACCUGGGGUCUGGGCAAGGCUUGCUCGAGGUGUAUGGUGACAGACCAGCCGAAAAAUGAGUUGGUUUCAUCCAAGAAGAGUCUUACUUUCUGGUG